AUGUUUACUCGUAAUAAAUUGAAUUUGCCAUCAACAGAAGAUAUUCAACGUACAUUCAUUGAUUUUCCAAAUAAUGAAAUAAUUUCUUAUAUUGAUUAUUUUCCAGAUGCAGAACGAGGCCGAUGUCAUAUUUACUCGUAUCCAUCUCAAAUGGAAUAUUACGGCGAUAUUUCAAAUAAUUUCCCAGGUGGAUUAUUCAAUUAUGUUCGUAUGGUGUCAUUGUUUGAUGAACAUUCUUUUGAACAUGAGUUUUUUCUUCGAAUUGUUCAAUCAUUUCCAUUUAUGGAAAAACUAUGUUUGAUUAAUCAUAAAUCACAAAAUUGCAAACAAUUUUAUGAAUCAAACAAUGAUAAUCGAAAUUUAUCUGUUAUUGAAUAUUCUUUUCUUAGUGAACUUGUUAUUGUCGAAGUUCAUGAUGAUUAUAUAGAAGAAUUUCUAUUAGAUACUAAAACAUAUUAG